AUGUCCCGGGUGAGAAUUCCAGCAGAAGUCAAAGACAUGGAUGAGUCGAUGCGCUCCUUCGCGGAGAAGGUCUUUGCCUCGGAGGUGAAAGAUGAAGAGGUCAGGCAAGAAAUCUCUCCUUUUGAUGUGGAAGAAAUCUGCCCCAUCUCCCACACGGAAAGGAGAGUGCACAUGAUGCUUCAGGAGACCAGUGCCACAAUAGAAAAGCGCAAGAAGCGCCUGCUCCGCAUGAAGAUGGUUUCGUUGGCAGUGCCCAUGGCUCAGAAGUCUGAAACCAGCCUGUCUGACAUUGAUAAGGUCAUCUCCACCUCUCCCCUGUACCAGGCUGUGCCUGACUUCCAGCGGGUGCAGAUCACUGGGGAUUAUGCCUCUGGGGUGACAGUUGAAGACUUUGAAGUUGUCUGCAAAGGGCUAUACCGUGCCCUGUGCAUCCGGGAGAAGAACAUGCAGCAAUCUCUGCAGAGGUUCCCCAAGACCACCUCGCAGUACCUCCGUGCCAUCGAGGGCAAGGCCUGGAGGGUGACUGACACUGGCCCAGUGUUCAACCCCCCAGUGAAGGAGGGACAGGAUCCCUUUGAGACUGAGAGUCUUCCUGAGGACCUGGGAUACCACAUCCAGAUGAAGGAUGGGAUAGUUUACAUCUAUGCAGACAAGGCAGCAGCUGAGAGAAAUGAGCCAAAGGACCUGCCCUACCCCAACAUCGAGCACUUUGUGGAUGACAUGAACUUCCUCUUGGUUCUGGUUGCAAAGGGACCUGUUAAAACCUAUGCUCACCGGCGCCUCAAGUUCCUCCUGUCCAAGUUCCAAGUGCAUGAGAUGCUAAAUGAGAUGGAGGAGAUGAAAGAGCUGAAGAACAACCCCCACCGGGACUUCUACAACUGCAGGAAGGUGGACACACACAUCCAUGCUGCAGCCUGCAUGAACCAGAAGCAUCUCCUGCGUUUCAUCAAGAAGUCCUAUCGUGUGGAUGCCGACCGUGUGGUCUAUGAUGCCAAGGGCAAACAGCUCACCCUGAAACAGCUUUUUGAGCAGCUCCAUCUGCAUCCCUAUGACCUGACAGUGGAUUCCCUGGAUGUCCAUGCUGGUCGACAGACAUUCCAGCGCUUCGACAAGUUCAAUGACAAGUACAACCCUGUGGGUGCCAGCGAGCUGAGGGACCUCUACCUGAAGACAGAGAAUGCCAUCGACGGCGAGUACUUUGCCACCAUCAUCAAGGAGGUUGGCUCUGACCUGGAGGAUGCCAAGUACCAGCACACAGAGCCUCGGCUCUCCAUCUACGGGAGAUCACCUGAGGAGUGGGCCAAGCUGGCCAGGUGGUUCAACACCCAUAAGGUCUACUCUCCCAACAUGAAGUGGAUGAUCCAAGUACCCAGGAUUUAUGAUGUGUUCAGGUCUAAGAAUUUCCUCCCACACUUUGGGAAAAUGCUGGAAAAUGUCUUUGUUCCUGUGUUUGAGGCAACUGUCAAUCCUCAAGCCCACAAAGAGCUGAGUGUCUUUCUACGCCACAUCACUGGCUUUGACAGCGUGGAUGAUGAAUCCAAGCACAGUGGACACAUGUUCUGCACUAAAAGCCCAAAGCCAGAGCAGUGGAGCUCUGAGAAGAACCCAUCCUAUACCUACUAUAUCUACUAUAUGUAUGCCAACAUCCUGGUGCUCAACAACCUGCGCAGGCAGCGUGGGAUGAACACGUUCCUGUUCCGCCCGCACUGCGGCGAGGCCGGGGCUGUCACUCACCUGCUCGCAGCCUUCAUGACAGCAGAUAACAUCUCCCACGGCCUCAACCUCAAGAAGAGCCCAGUGUUGCAGUAUCUGUACUUCCUUGCCCAAAUUCCCAUUGCCAUGUCCCCACUCAGCAACAACAGUCUCUUCCUGGAGUAUGCAAAGAAUCCACUGCCUGACUUCCACAACAAAGGGCUCAUGGUGUCCCUUUCUACAGAUGACCCUAUGCAGUUUCAUUUCACAAAGGAACCCCUCAUGGAGGAGUAUGCCAUCGCAGCCCAGGUCUUCAAGUUCAGCACCUGUGACAUGUGUGAAAUAGCCAGGAACAGUGUCCUGCAGUGUGGCUUGUCCCACGAGGUGAGUGUCCUGCUGGGGUGUCCUGUCCCACCAG